UAAGCACAGCUCGGUGGGAGAGAGAAAAAAGCUGCAAUACAUAAGCAUAUUGCAUUAAAUUAAAAGGACGAGAAGUUAACAUGCGCCUCUUUGCGGGGGAAGGCAAAAAGAGGUAGCAUUUAAGACAAGGACGUGUGGGGACUCCAGCAGUUAGGGGAAGGUGCAGCUUGAGAAUGCUAGCUGAAGGGCUGCUGUUGGACUUCGCUGGGGCACACAGGGCUGGAAUGUGCGGUGGGCAAGUAAGGCCACCAAGCAGAGGUCUGAUGACCAGCAGCACUUGACCAAAGGCAGUAAACCUUCCUGAAGCAAGUGUCUGGGUCAUUUCUCUGGAACCUCUCUCCUCUCUAGUCAAGGGUCUCUUGGGAAUGGAGCAUUCACUGAUGGCAUCAGCGAUGGUGACAGGCAACCUCAGGUGGGCAGAGAUGGCCAGCAGUUUCCUGAGCGCAGGCGCAGUGCCAGGACCGCGGAGCCUGCCGUGGCACCCUCAGCUAGGGUCGCGAAGAGGGAGGCCGGUGGGGCGUAUCCUACAUCUCAGGCGUCACACCCAGAUCCCCCCGGGGGCUGCGGCCGGCUCCCGCUCCUCCCGCUGCACGCUGACGUGCCUGUCCCAGGCUCUCCUUCCGGCCUCGGCUUUCCUCUCUCCAGUUUCUCUAGACCCAGGCGGGCCUCUCGGCAAACAUUCCUUUCCUCCUCCUUCCUCCCCCUCCUCCUUGGCUGCUCCGCUCACCCCGAGGUUGGCGGCUCCAGGAACCUAAAGCGGAUGCGGCCUGAGCGCUGCCACGUCUUCGGAGACAGCAGCCCAGCGCCUGCGCUCUCCGGGGGCGGGACCUGCGCGUGAGCGGUGCCGCCAAGGUCCAAUGGGGGAGCCGCAGCGGUGCGCGGCGCGGAGGGCGGGGCGGUGGCUGAGGGCCGAGUCCAGAGCCCAGCAGUGGAGUUGGAGCUGUCGCAUCCGAGGCCGCCGUGUCGCUGCCACCCAGCUCGAGCUCGUCCUUGCUUCCGAAGUCCGCGCGCACCCUACUGCUCGGCCCUCGCCUCGCAGCCGGCAUCAUGUGCGGUAUAUUUGCUUAUUUAAACUACCAUGUUCCCCGUACAAGACGAGAAAUCUUGGAGACCCUAAUCAAAGGCCUUCAGAGACUGGAGUACAGAGGAUAUGAUUCUGCUGGUGUGGGAGUUGACGGAGGCAAUGACAAAGACUGGGAGGCCAAUGCCUGCAAAAUCCAGCUUAUUAAGAAGAAAGGAAAAGUUAAGGCACUGGAUGAAGAAGUUCACAAACAACAGGAUAUGGACUUGGAUAUAGAAUUUGAUGUACACCUUGGAAUAGCUCAUACACGCUGGGCAACACAUGGAGAACCCAAUCCUGUCAAUAGUCACCCCCAACGCUCUGAUAAAAAUAAUGAAUUUAUUGUUAUUCAUAAUGGAAUCAUCACCAACUACAAAGACUUGAAGAAGUUUUUGGAAAGCAAAGGCUAUGACUUUGAAUCUGAAACAGACACCGAAGCCAUCGCUAAGCUUGUCAAGUACAUGUAUGACAACUGGGAAAGUCAGGACAUCAGUUUUACUACCUUGGUGGAGAGAGUUAUCCAACAAUUGGAAGGUGCUUUUGCACUUGUGUUUAAAAGUGUUCAUUUUCCUGGGCAAGCAGUUGGCACAAGACGAGGUAGCCCCCUCUUGAUUGGUGUGCGGAGUGAACAUAAGCUUUCUACGGAUCACAUUCCGAUCCUGUACAGAACAGGCAAAGAUAAGAAAGGAAGUUGCAGUCUCUCCCGUGUUGACAGCACGACAUGCCUUUUCCCUGUUGAGGAGAAAGCAGUCGAAUAUUACUUUGCUUCUGAUGCAAGUGCUGUCAUAGAACACACCAAUCGUGUCAUCUUUCUAGAAGAUGAUGAUGUUGCAGCGGUGGUGGAUGGUCGCCUCUCUAUCCAUCGAAUUAAACGGACUGCAGGAGAUCAUCCUGGCCGAGCUGUGCAAACCCUCCAGAUGGAACUCCAGCAGAUCAUGAAGGGCAAUUUUAGUUCAUUUAUGCAGAAGGAAAUUUUUGAGCAGCCAGAAUCUGUUGUGAAUACAAUGAGAGGAAGAGUCAACUUUGACGACUAUACUGUGAAUUUGGGAGGUUUGAAAGAUCACAUUAAAGAGAUCCAGAGGUGUCGGCGUUUGAUUCUUAUUGCUUGUGGAACAAGUUACCAUGCUGGUGUAGCAACACGUCAGGUUCUGGAGGAGCUGACUGAGCUGCCAGUGAUGGUGGAGCUAGCCAGUGACUUCCUGGAUAGAAACACGCCCGUCUUUCGAGAUGACGUUUGCUUUUUCAUUAGUCAGUCAGGUGAGACAGCUGAUACCCUGAUGGGUCUUCGUUACUGCAAGGAGAGAGGAGCUUUAACUGUGGGGAUCACAAAUACAGUUGGCAGUUCUAUAUCAAGGGAGACAGAUUGUGGGGUUCACAUUAAUGCUGGUCCUGAGAUUGGCGUGGCCAGUACAAAGGCUUACACCAGUCAGUUUGUAUCCCUUGUGAUGUUUGCCCUCAUGAUGUGUGAUGACAGGAUCUCAAUGCAAGAGAGACGCAAAGAGAUCAUGCUUGGAUUGAAACGGCUGCCAGAUUUGAUUAAGGAAGUAUUGAGCAUGGAUGAUGAAAUUCAGAAGCUGGCAACAGAACUUUACCAUCAGAAGUCAGUCUUGAUAAUGGGUCGAGGCUAUCAUUAUGCUACGUGUCUUGAAGGAGCCUUGAAAAUCAAGGAAAUUACUUACAUGCACUCUGAAGGCAUCCUUGCUGGUGAGCUGAAGCACGGCCCUCUGGCCUUGGUGGACAAGUUGAUGCCUGUCAUCAUGAUCAUUAUGCGGGACCACACUUACACCAAGUGUCAGAACGCUCUGCAGCAGGUGGUUGCCCGGCAGGGGCGCCCAGUGGUGAUCUGUGAUAAGGAAGACACUGAGACCAUUAAGAACACAAAAAGGACAAUUAAGGUGCCCCACUCAGUGGACUGCUUACAGGGCAUUCUCAGUGUGAUCCCCUUACAGCUGCUGGCUUUCCAUCUGGCUGUGCUGAGAGGCUAUGACGUUGAUUUCCCACGGAAUCUUGCCAAAUCUGUAACUGUAGAGUAAAGGGCAUCCUAAACUUAAGACAAUUAAGCAACACAAGACACCUUUUGUAUUUAAAUUUUUGAUUUAAAAUAUCGCCUCCUGAAAACCUUUUUAGUAAAUCCUUAUUUAUGUAUCAGUUAUGAUUAUUCUACACAAUUUGUGAUUUUUGUGCAAUUGCCUCAUUUUUUCAGUAAUACAUGGGGAAGUUUGAUUAAUAGAAUCUAAAUCUAAACUUAAAAUCAACAAGAUUUUUAAGCUGUUAUUUUCUUCCAAGACCUGGAUAAUGAGUUUCUGGGUCCUCCCCUUCAAUUGGGGGGAUUGUUGAGUUUUUAAGAUGAUUGCCUCAAUUCAGGCAGACUGAUGAAGGAACUGUGAGUGCGCUUGACUGGGGUACUCAAAGCUGUGUCAGUGUGUGCUAGUACUUGGACAUCUACUGAAGGUUUAGCUAUGUCCCUGUAGCCCCAGCUGUCCUGGAACUCACUAUGUAGACCAGGCUGGCCUUGAACUCAGAGAUCUGCCUGCCUCUGCCUCCCCAGUGCUGGGAUUAAAGGCGUGCAUCACCAUGCUGAGUUUAGGUAUGUUCUUUAUAAUAGAAGAUGCUGUGAUUUAUUUUGAAGCUUGUUUCUGUUUUGUUUCAAACUGCAACUAAAAGGCUUGGUGAUAGUGAUACCUAAGUUAGGUUAACUUAGUAGUUGAAGUGUGCCUGUCAUCUCUGUAGGUGGAGGUAACUUAGGAAGCAGACUGCAGUAGUGCAUCAGUGUCCUCCACAGUUGAGUUGAAUGCAUGUGCAUGGUUUCAUAGCACACAAUGCAAAUCUGAACUGUUUUGGACACUGACAGUAUGACUUUACAUUUGAAGAUGGGAUGCUGGGUUUCCAACUCCUUGUCUCUUCAUCUUCUAAAAGUAGUUUGUAUUUUCUUGCAACUGCAGUACUUGAUUUUUUAAAAUAUACUGUUCAGUGACAUUUUAUUGUUUUCUUUGAAAUCACAGCGCAAAGCUGCUAUGAAGUAUCUCAAAUUGGUGUUGUCAUGAUCAGUUAUCUUCAGCUUUGUCCCAAGGAAGAGUUUCCUACAGUUAAUUGUAACUUCCUUCCAUGCCUUCUUACAUAAAGCAUCCCCUUGGUGCCAGUUUGGAGGUUCUUUGUGAUUGCCUGGAAAUUUGCACAUCUUUAACCAGUUAUUUGACCUUCAGUGUAUGUAGUAGGUUAGGCUUAGAGCAUCACAUGCUUUCCAUUGUGGAGUGACACCAGAUUUAGGAUUGCUUUCUAGACAUUUCCUUCUGUAUUUCCAUCUCUACCCGUAUGUAGGAAUGAAGGCAAUAUAAAUAGAUACUGAAAUACCCUCAGAUGGUAGUGUCAGAAAUAGAAGUUGACAACUUGGAAAAAAUAUUUAAAAUAGAAUAUUAGUUUGACACCCCAAAAAUGUGUGGAAUCGUUUUUUCACAGAGGUCUUUAGGUCAGAUCGUGUGGGCUUUAGGAAGAUGUAUCUAUGUUCUGGUUAGGUCCUUUUCUUUCAGAAGCUUUAAUUUUAAAUUGUGAAUGUAAAAUACUUAGUGCAGUUAUUGCUUAUUCUUUUCUUUUUUGUGUUUGAGCUUCUUAUUAAACAGUUAAUGCUACAAGCAUAGACUUCUUGUGAAGGAAGAUUGGAGAAAGUUUAUAUAUUUUUAGGCAUUUUGGAAGGUCUUGCAUUGUUGGAGACUGGAAACCUGAUUGUUUUUUAAAAAAAUAAAAAAGGUUAUUGUUUAUAUCCAUGUACCUGUUUUAGUUACAUUUAUCUGUCCUAAUUGUUUCUAAGACUUCUUGUUAGUUUUAGUAUGUGUAUAAUGUCCUUUCUUAUGCUCUGUCUAAUAGUGUUUGAUCCUUAUAGUUUGGCUUUUAGCAUUUCUUGUGUCAUUCUGGAGUUCAGGGUGUAUUGGUACAUUGAGACAUUAUGAUGUGAUCACCUCAGGAUUCUUAUAUUCUUCACCUCAGUUAUAAUUCAGAGUCCUCAUACUUAUUUUGAAAUACGUGGUUCAGUUUUCCUGAUUAGUCAUCCUCUGUGUAAUGGAAUGCCAGAACUUUCUUUUUCUGCUGGCUAUGACUUUGAACCCAUUCACCUGUCUGUCCUCCAUAUAUACUCCAAACAAUUAAAAUCCAAAAUGAAGACCAAGCAAAUAGGAUUUCUCUUCAGUAUUCCAUUUUGUUUUCUAUUCUGGUUAAUGUAGUGAUUUUACGUUCUUUUAUUAAAUUAAUUCUUAACAUACAAAAAGAUAUUUUAGUGAGACAAGUCACUAAAUAAGUGAGUAUACCCAGUUAAAAUGUAAUAUAGGACACAGGAAUCUAAUAACUGUCAGCAGUUGUUUAUUAAACCUGUUAUGAGCAAGUCACUGCUGGGCAACACAGUUGCAUCUUUAGAGCAGUUCUGACCUUUCCAGGUAGAUCUUUCACUUGUGAAGGCUUAAUUUUAUUAAGGACACAGGUGUAAGACUGGAAAGAUGGAUUGAACUGAAGUGUUAAAUGCUGUGAAUGAAUUUGUUUACUUCAACAGUGGUCCAAAUUUGGAGACAUACCAUGUUUACAAAAAGUGAAAUUCAUUUGCUGCGUAAGCAGUUGUCCCAGGCUGUCAACAAUAUGUAGAUCUUCAGUACUCUAAAGGACAGCGGUUAAUAAUAUGCCAAGAUGAUAAGCAAUCAGGGAUGUCACAGGGUGCUGUGCAGGCAGGCUGUUGGUUCAGAACUGAUUUUUGUGUGUGGCAGGUUGUUUCUGAGAUGGUACAGUCAUAUUCCUUUGAAUCCAGAUCUCUUGUCUGAGUAGUUCUGAGGAUAGGAGGAAAGGAGCCUGUUUUUGGUCCCUUGGUAAUAUUCCUCUGACAUUCAUUUCUAACACUCUUUAGCAAGCAUACUUUAAGUCUUUGGGGGUCAAUUUUUUCUCUCAUCUUUUUUUACAAUUAGGAUAUUCUAUAGCAAUAAAAGAGACUAAUAUUACCUAUUUAUUAUAUGCUACAACUGAAGUGA